AUUUGCGGCGGAAUAGAUCGUACGUCUCCUUAAAAACAAAAAUAGAAGAAAAACAAAAAACAAGAGGAGUGAAUCUCGGCGAUGGCGAUCAAGGACCUGGCGGCGAACGACGAUUCAUCUCUUCCUCUGAUAAAAUCUCCGCCGUCUACAACGACCGGAGACAGAACCACGGCUCUUCAGACGCUCGGAAACAUUAUCGUCUCCAUCGUCGGUACAGGCGUCCUUGGGCUCCCUUAUGCUUUCCGUGUCGCCGGAUGGUUCGCCGGAUCUCUCGGCGUUAUUAUCGUCGGAUUCGCCACCUAUUACUGCAUGCUCCUCCUCAUUCAGUGCAGAGACAAGCUCGAAUCGGAAGAAGGAAAAGAAGAAUCAAAGACAUAUGGUGAUUUAGGAUUCAAAUGUAUGGGAACAAAAGGUCGAUACCUAACCGAAUUCCUCAUAUUCACUGCUCAAUGUGGUGGAUCAGUAGCAUAUCUAGUGUUCAUAGGCCGAAAUAUGUCGUCGAUAUUCAAAUCAUGUGGAUUAAGUAUGGUCUCCUUCAUCUUGAUCCUGGUUCCAAUCGAGGCUGGACUGUCUUGGAUCACUUCUUUAUCAGCUCUCUCGCCUUUCAGCAUCUUUGCUGAUAUAUGCAAUAUCAUAGCAAUGUGUUUCGUUGUGAAAGAAAACGUGGAGAUGGUGAUCGAAGGAGACUUCUCGUUUGGUGACAGAACAGCCAUUUCGUCUACCAUUGGAGGCUUACCGUUUGCUGGAGGAGUUGCAGUGUUCUGUUUUGAGGGUUUUGCGAUGACGUUGGCUCUUGAAGGUUCUAUGAAGGAGAGAGAAGCUUUCCCUAAGCUGUUAGCUAAAGUGCUUGCCGGGAUUACGUUUGUCUACGUGUUGUUCGGUUUCUGCGGUUAUAUGGCUUACGGCGAUGAAACAAAGGAUAUCAUCACACUUAACCUCCCAAAGAAUUGGUCUGCCAUUGCCGUGCAGAUUGGCUUAUGUGUGGGAUUGACGUUUACAUUCCCCAUCAUGGUACAUCCGCUUAACGAGAUCAUAGAGCAGAAACUGAAAAGGAUUGAUUGGCUUCAAAAGCAUCAUCAUCAUCAGCAGCAGCAUCAGUACAGCAACGAAACAGUUUCAGUGUCAAAAUAUGUAAUCUUGAUCACGAGGACGCUUUUGGUGGUAGGACUGGCAGCAAUCGCGUCAUUAGUGCCGGGCUUUGGCACAUUUGCAUCUCUGGUUGGAAGUACUCUGUGUGCACUCAUAUCAUUUGUGUUGCCGGCUUCUUAUCACCUCACGCUGCUCGGUCCAUCGCUAAAUUUGUGGAGCAAAUCCGUUGAUGUGUUCAUUGUGAUUUGCGGGUUGCUCUUUGCUGUUUAUGGUACUUACAACACAAUCGUCGGAGUGUGAAAAGGAGAGUAAGUUAAUCUGUCUGUAAAAUGAACACAGCAAACAGAAAGUUGCUCAGACCGACAAGAAAAAAAAAUGUAUAUAGCUGUUUUACGUGAAUCUAAUUUAAAUCGGAAGGCAGUCAGAAAAAUCAUAUUGUUGUAUGAUCAUUUAAUGGGUGUAAUGGGAAAUGGUGACAACUUUUAAAA